UUUAGGAUGUUCUUGCUAUUGAUUACAAGUAAGAUAGUUAGCAUGACCUAAUAAUGAUAGGGUUAUAUAAUGGCCUGACACUGGAUAAAUCUUCGGUCUUGCCCCGAAACAGGUUUUUCACAAAACCGUAUAUCUUGUAUCGGGUCACUAACUGAAACUAUGAUGCUUUGGUUAAAUAAAAAAGAAACAAAAUUUUGAUACGCUGUGUAGAUUUCUUAAGUAUUUCCUGCAAAAUUCAAAGCUUAAAGAAAUAAAAAAGGAAGAAAAAAACCACUGUCGGAAAAAUGAAGCAGAAAAAAAAUUUAAUCAUUGUUUUUCAUAUCUACGCAAUAUUUGCGUCUACAAACGGUGAUAUUAGGGCUCUGUUUAAACGCAAUGAAAAUGCUGAAGAACCUCUAUGCAAGGAUGAAGAAUCUGUGUUUAGUAAAAUUGAGAUCUACGACAUAUCUGUCUGUUUGCAAGCAUGUGUAUACAAUUCCGGUUGUAAAAGUGUAUUUCAUUCACAGACUACUGGGCGGUGUACAGGUUGCGCCGCCAGCUUUGAAAUGUCUUAUCAACUAGGAGGACUAAAUGAAAGUUUUAGAUACUAUACACAACAAGAAUGUUGGGAAGGCUGGAAUUACUUCGCAAAUUCUUGUUACAUCAUAACAGAGAGGAAAAUGAACUUUCAGAAUGGCUUGGACUUAUGUCAUGCAUUAAAUGCUUACCCUGUUAUAGUGGACAGUGUAGAAGAGAACAACUUUCUGAAGGCGUUUAUUAAAUCAAAAUAUACACAUACAGCUGACGAAUACGCUUACUUUACUGGCUUCACAGACAUUGUUACAGAGGGAACCUGGGUAGAACAUGGUACUGAAAACCAAAUGGUCUUAAAAGACUGGGGAGGUGGUGAUCCAGGUGGUGGAACGGUAGAAAAUUGUGUGGUAUUCUAUUUCCCAUUUGACUUAAAAUGGGUAGAUAUUUCUUGCAACUUGGAGCUGAGAAUCGUUUGUGAGACGGAUUCAUUUAACAUAGUAAAGAACUAAAACAGUUGAAUUUGAAUUGAAGUAUAUCUAUAGGAAUGUGCUAUACAACUAUAAUUGUAUGACAUUGUCAUGGCAAAUCGGUGUUUUAUAAUUUUUUCAAUGGCGAAGCUAUAUAUAUGAUUUUGACAUGACAUUAUUUGUGUAUUUCGGCGAUAAGGUUUGCAGUGCCAUCUCAACUUUCAUGUAUCGCGUUAAAAGUUAUCAUCUUUAAAAUUCGUUUUUUAAAUAAAGUGCAUAUUUAGGUUCGAUAUACCUGAA